UUUACGGUAAAAAAAAGCAAAAAAAAAACUACAUGUUCUAAAAAUAUUCGGCAUUCGUUGGAAGCCAAAAUAAAAAACAGUUCUUGUAUUAGCUAUUCCAGAAUGCCAAUUAUACGCUUGGAAUCAUCCGAUAAGGAGAUUUUUGAUACCGAUAUCGAAAUUGCCAAAUGUUCGGAAACUAUUAAGACGGCACUUGAAGAUUUGGGUGACGAAAGCGACAAUAGUGUGUUACCCCUGCCCAAUGUAAACUCGACUAUAUUGCGCAAGGUGCUCCACUGGGCUACCUAUCACGCCCAAGACGAUCCGCAGCAGCCCCAGGAGGAUGAGAACAAGGAAAAGCGCACAGAUGAUAUUUCAUCCUGGGAUGCGGACUUUCUUAAAGUCGACCAAGGCACCUUGUUCGAGCUCAUUCUGGCCGCUAACUAUUUGAACAUCCAGGGCCUAUUGGAUGUCACCUGCAAAACGUGUGCCAAUAUGAUCAAGGGCAAGUCGCUUCAGGAUAUACGCGAAAUGUUUGCCAUAGCCAACGACUUUUCUCCAGCUGAGGAAGAGCAGGUGCGCAAGGAGAACGAAUGGUGCGAAGAGAAAUAAUAAAUGGCGCUAUCGUGUUAAAAAUUUAGCCCUACCAACCUUUCUUACCGCGUGACUGCUGGUAUUUUUCCCAUGCAAAAGAUGUUUUUUGCUGCUUCCCGAACACGGUCACACUGAGGUUGAAUUCGCCAAAAAAAAAACCAACUAAACUAAAUUUUUGAUCAGGAUUGGCGCAUAGCAAGUAAAUUUGCGGUAUAAUUCUCGAAAUUUUCUGUGAAAUUGCAUAUUGACGCCGCAUAUAAACGCAAUUCUUAAGUUGCGUGACAAAAA